AUGGCCGCGGCGGCCAUGGCCCCGACCGCCCACCUCCACCUCCACCACCCGCCUCGCCUCCACCGCCUCCUCCUCCUCUCCACCUCCCCCUACCCGUGGCUCUCCGCCUGGCCGUCCCCACGCGCUCGCCUCCUCCCGCGCCGCCCCGCCUCCGCGCUCGACCUCCGCCCGGAGCCGUCCCCGUCCUCCGACUCCGACGACGAGGACGCCUUCGGCACCAGCCGCUCCUCCGGCCGCUCCACCAUGACGCUCAUCCUCGGCCGCCUCCGCCAGGCCGGCUACUACCCGCCCGCCGACCACGCCUCCUCCUCCUCGUCGUCGUCUGCGGCGCUCCCGGGGGCCGCCGCUCCCCGGCACCCGCCCAGGGGUUCUGUCGAGGACGUGUUCCGCGUCGACGACGGCGUGCUGCCCAACGCGCGGGGAGGGUUCGACGACGGCGGCGGGGAGUCGGCGCUCGGGGACGCGCGGUUCCCGUGGGAGCUGCCGAUGCCGCCCCCCGAGGCGGCGGCGCGGGCGGCGAGGUCGAAGUCGUGGAUGGCGGAGCUGACGCUGCCCGAGGCCGAGCUGCGGCGGCUGCGGCACGCCGGGAUGAGGCUCAAGUCGAGGAUCAAGGUGGGGGGCGCCGGGGUCACCAAGGACAUCGUGGAGAGGAUCAGGGACAGGUGGAGGACGGAGGAGGUGGUCAGAAUAAAGGUCACCGGCACGCCCGCGCUCAACAUGCGUCUCUUCCACGAGAUACUCGAGAGAAAAACAGGGGGGUUGGUAAUAUGGAGGUCUGGAACUUCAGUUUCUCUAUACAGGGGAGUAGCCUAUGACAUACCUGAACCCACUAAAAGAACAAGUAAGAAUAUGCAAACUCUUGGUAUGAUGUCUUCCAUCAAAGAGUCACCUGGUCCUUCGUUGUUACCCAAUGAGAAAGUAAACAACAUGCAAGAUACCAAUGGAGCUUUGUUAUCUAAUACUGAGAAAGAUAGACUAGUUGAACCGGUUCCAGAAAUCAAAUAUGAAGAUGAAAUUAACAAGCUAUUGGAUGAGCUUGGGCCAAGAUACACUGACUGGCCAAGAGGUGAUCCAUCACCAGUAGAUGCAGACUUGCUUCCUGCAACUGUACCAGGAUAUAAACCCCCUUUCAGAGUUCUGCCAUAUGGAGUGCGUCCAUCUCUCGGCCGAAGGGACACUACAAAUUUACGGCGUCUUGCCCGUGGGCUGCCACCUCACUUUGCUCUUGGGCGAAGCAGACAACUCCAAGGCUUAGCAGCAGCUAUGGUGAAGUUGUGGGAGAAAAGUUCUAUUGCAAAAAUUGCUCUGAAAAGAGGAGUACAGCUUACCACCAGUGAAAGGAUGGCUGAAGAUAUCAAGAAAUUAACAGGUGGUGUAAUGCUUUCAAGGAACAAUGACUUUAUAGUCUUCUACAGGGGGAAGGAUUUCUUGUCCUCAGAACUUGCAGAGGCACUGUUAGAGAGGGAAAGAUUGGCAAAGUCCCUACAAGAUGAGGAGCAAGCGCGGUUAAAUGCAGCAUCUUCCUUUGCUUCCAGCACUGAGGCACCUUUAGAGCCUACUGUAGCUGGUACCCUUGGAGAGACUCUUGAGGCUAACUCUAAAUAUGGAAAUAAACUGGAUGAAAAUUUUGAGGACAAGAUGACUAGAACUGUAGAAGCUGCAAGACAUGCUGACCUUGUAAGGAAGCUAGAGUGGAAGCUCUCACUUGCAGAGAAGAAGAUAGCAAAAGCUGAAAGGGUCCUUGGAAAAGUUGAGACAGCUCUGAAGCCAACUGAAGGGAGCAAACUAGCUGAAACAAUAACAGAUGAAGAGAGAUUCAUGUUUCGGAAGCUUGGUCUAAGAAUGAAGGCAUUCCUGCUACUAGGCAGGAGAGGAGUUUUUGACGGCACUAUUGAGAAUAUGCACUUGCACUGGAAGUACAGGGAACUAGUGAAAAUACUUGUGAAAGCAAAGUCUUUUGGAGAGGUCAAGAAGAUCGCAUUGUCUCUUGAAGCUGAGAGUGGGGGUAUUUUAGUUUCUGUGGACAAAGUCUCCAAGGGUUAUGCCAUCGUGGUGUUUCGUGGGAAAGACUAUAGACGGCCUUCUAAGCUGAGACCCAGGAAUCUUUUGUCAAAGCGGAAGGCUUUAGCUCGAUCCAUUGAGAUUCAGAGACGUGAGGCCCUCAGUCGUCAUAUUGCAAGCUUGAAUAGAAGAGUAAAGCAGCUCAAAUCAGAACUGAUCCAAAUGGAGGGCGUGAAAGAGGAAGGAGACGAGGAGCUGUAUGCCAAACUGGAUUCUGCUUAUUCCAGUGACGAAGAAGAUGGGGAGGAUGAGGAUGAUGAGGCUUACCUCAGGAGUUUCGACAAUGUAGCUGGCCACAGCGGUGAUGAUCGGACCUCCGUUGACGGCAGCAACAUAAAUUCUGAAGAUGAGGGUGACUACUCUGAGGACGACGAAAACGAAGAUGACGAUGACGAAGAUGAUGAGUUUGAUUACGAAAACGAUGAUGAUGAUGCUGGCGAAGAUGAUGUGUCCCCAGUUACUUCUGAUGGCAAUCUAUACAGCCACACAGAUUUGGACAGCUCACGCAGCGAAAAUGGUGUGUCACUAUCAGCGAGGGGUGACCCAGAUGUAAAAAGUAGUAGAGGGCAAGCCCUUGACUGCAGAAAUUCGCACAGUGAGCAGCCGACGGAACCGACAACAAACUCAUGUAGUUAGAUGCUCUGCAAAGCACGUAAAUAGUACUCCUGCCCAUUUAUUUGGUCGGUGCCAUCGCUGGCUUCCUUUGGCUCAUCUUUGGAGCUGCUUUCAAUGGCCUUUUGACCGCAAGCUCAGAUCCACACGCAUAUAGACAUCUCUUAUCAUGACAUUUGAGGUACGCCUGAUGAGCUUUAAAAAAAAAUAAACGAACCAACUAUUUUUUUGUUGAAAAAAAAAACGAUUCAAAUCAGCUCUAGGAUUGAAUUUUGAUUGCAUCUAAUAAGCUAACCAUUAGACGACCA